UAAUACCAUAGAGUAAGUAAUAUACUAUGUAAGAAUUAAAACGUCCUUUAGCAAAUCAUUUUGACGUUUCGUUUUUAUAUUUAUUACAAAAUGUUAUCAAAAUUCCUGCGCAACACAUCCCGCGUGAGGUCUCAAGCAGUGUUGGUGCGGAAGGCGCCGCAGCCGGUGGGGGUACGGUGGAUGGAUCUCAUCCCCCCCUCGCAGUACGAUGUACCGAUACCCAAGAAGCUGCAGCUAGGCUACGUGAUCAGAGAGUACUGGGAGACAAUACCCCUGUUUGUGGUCACCGCGUUUAGUCUGGGAUUAAUGUGCGGCGCUAUUCUAUGGGCUUGUAGGAACAAGGUAGACGUAGUGUUCACAUCGCGCAGUCGCGAAAACAUUUCCCGAACUAUGGACCUUCGGAACCCGACGAUCCACAAGCUGAUGAUAAUUCACCAGCGGUACGAGCCCUGGAAUGAGAUGCAGGACGUCCUGGAUAAGAUGAUCACGGCGGAGAAGCGAGCACUAGUUCGCGCACAAACCUGCGCCCAUCCUUAGGGACAGCUUGUUAAAGGGUGUAGUUGUGUCAGGAUUUUGGAUUUCUUUUAAUAAAACAAAAAUGACGUGGU